AUGCCUGGAAGUACUGGAAGAUCUCCUAAAAACUACCAUAUGUCAAUAAUUCCCAUGUCAGAAAGACAACAAAUGAAAUUAGUACGACAAUUAGAAACUUGUGAUGGUAGCGGAGAUAAUUCUAAAAACAUGAAAGACUCAUUACAUAAUCGUACAAGAUCUAAAAGUUGUAAUGGACGUGGAGAAACUCCAUUGCACAAAGCAGCGAUAAAAGGAGAUAAAGAUUUGGUUAUUAAGUUGUUGGAAGAGGGUGCAGAUCCGAAUGUGGCUGAUUUUGCAGGGUGGACACCUCUUCACGAGGCCUGCAAUCAUGGAUGGUACGAAGUCGCUUUAGCUCUCGUACAGGCUGGGGCAUCUGUUAAUGCCACUGGAUUCGAUGAUGACACUCCUUUACACGAUGCAGCCAUAAAUGGACAUUCCAAAUUGGUUCGACUUCUAUUGAAGAGUGGAGCUGAUGUUCACUUUAGAAACAAAGGUGGAAAAACUCCUAGUGAUGUUGCUCCUCCUGGCAUAAUACCAUUUUUAUUAACAAAUACAGAUAACGGUAACGAUUUAGUUAACAAAUUAGACGUUAUAUUAGAAGACAAUUCGAAUGAAGGCGAUUUGACUGCCAUCUCUGAGAGGCGUUGCUCACCAUCACGUAUCAAAGGUGAGGAAAUGUAG